CAGAUCAUCUCAAUCACUGCACAGAGUUGAGGGACAUCCAGAUAAAUAAAGAGGGUUCACCAUGAGCACAGAUAUAAAAUGAAAAGAGAUCCAUCAGAAAUCACACACACAAGAUGGCAUCUGGUUUGGGUACCACAAUACGAAGAAAGAGAGAAAAGGUUUCUAGUCUUGAGAUGACCUCCUCCAGCUUGUCUGUGGACCACUGUAAGUCCAAGGUGUGGAACUACUACACAAAGCUGGGAGAUGCCUAUGUGGAAUGUAAGGUCUGCAGGAAACAGUUCUCUUCCCAUAACAGCACCACCACUAUGAGGGAGCACCUUGUGAGGCGUCAUAGCCUCCGUAGUAUUGGCAUGCCUCCCACUAAGGAGCAACCGGAGCUGGAAUACCACGAACAAGAGGGGGCAGUAAAGAGGUUACGCCAGGCAGUGCCCAUACAUGGCCUCUGCUCCUCUGUAUUAGAAUCUCGACCACAAGCAGUUGCUAACCUGAUAUUGGAAAUGAUCUGCUGUGACCUUCAUCCUCUCUCAAUAGUAGAAGAUAAGGGCUUUGGACUCCUCCUUGGCUACUUGGAACCCAAUUUUGAGCUCCCGACCUUAAUACAAAUAGCUGAUAUGCUGUGGAGCAAAUACACUGCCGUUAAACAGCAACUCAAGUGUACUCUUCAAUCUGCGCUAUCGGUUGUCCUUUCCAUUGAAAGUUGGAAUGACCAUUUAAAGAAGUCCUGUCUUGCGAUCACGGCAAAUGUCAUUGACAAUGACUGGCGGUUAUGUAGAUACUUGCUGGAAACGAAACCUGUUCUCCGAAAAAAGACAGACAGCAACCUGGCAGACAUAUUGCACCCGGUAUUGAAAGAGUUUGGAUUAUCUAGUAACCUUGUGUCCUGUGUUGUACAUGAUCGAUCAGAAUCAAUAUCUGCUCAUGCCCAAUCUUUCAAAGACUCUUUUGGGUGGGCCAGUCUCUGCUGCACGUCCCAUGUCUUACAGCUUUGUGUGCAGGCAGGGCUGGAGGUCCAGGAAGUGAAGGAUGCCCUGGCAGCAGCUAGAGGGUUGGUGAGCUACUUUCAAGAGGACUUUAAGGCCAGCUGUUACCUCAAUGCCAAGCUGGAAGCCAUGAACAAGCCCAGACUGGUCAUGGAUACAGAGAAGUAUUGGAUUAGCACUUUGGAGAUGUGUCGAACUUUGAUAGACCUUAAAUGGGCAAUUCUUUCAAUUUUGGAAGAACAAGGUGUCAAGAACUUGUCGGAACAGCACUGGAAGUUGCUGCAAGACUUGGUACCCAUGCUGAAAACUAUAUGGAUUGCAACAGCAUUCCUACAGGAAGAACAGAAUGCCUCCAUUUCAUCCUUGAUGCCCUGUUUACAUGGUAUCUAUACGACAGUAGGACAAACCUGUGAAGGCAAUGGCAGCAGUAUUAUUAAAGCUGCUGCCUGUCAAAUACGCUCUGAGAUCUGCCAACAUUGGGAUAUGAUGGAUGAAGGGAAACUGAUAACCAACCCUUCUGUUGUUGCUUCCUUUUUGGACCCUCGCUUCAAAGAGCUGAGGUUCCUUAAGCCAUGGGCCAGGGGAGAAUUGCACAGUAUAGUGAGAAAUAUGCUAUCACAGCUGUGUGAGCCAUGCUUUACUCACCAUUCUUGGAUGCCAAGUAACUGUGCCAUUGAAGGUGGUAUGGAAACUCAUCAGUUGCCUAUUCAGAAGGACAAAGGACCCAUUGUUGGUUCUGAAAAUGUCUAUGACCUUCUACUUGGAAGAGAUCCAACAGAGAGCAUGCCAGAAGCUCACCAACAACUGGAGAACUACAUAGUGGAACCUGUCUGUAGACGUACCACAGACCCUCUAGCGUGGUGGAACAGUAAUCGUCACCGCUUCCCCACAUUGGCCCGGUUAGCCCGACAGUAUCUUGUUAUACCAUCUACAGCUGUAAAGCCGGAGCAUUCCUUCAGCACUGUACAAGACCCACUAGAGAAACGCCGUGCUGCCCUGGAACCCAAGUUCAUGAACCAGAUUCUCUUCUUACAUCAGAAUAAGGACUUCGUAGAAUGGAGCAUGAAACCAACCGUCUGACGGUCGUCUGCUCCAUGUCUUGUCUUUAUGUCAGGAAAGUAAAAUACUUUACAGUAGCAACAAACCUUUUUACUGCUGGACACCAGAAUAACUUACCACCACACAUGGCCAACUUCUAUUCCAGGUUAUGGGGGAGAUCUAGCAAUACUUAUGCCAAGAAAAAGUGACGCAGCUGCCUACAGCAACCAGUUACUAGCACUCAUUUGGUAGAAUCUGGUCGCUAUGGGCAGGUGUCCCACUGCUUCCUUUGCACCAGUUUUAGUAGCUCUCCCCAUUACCUGCCUCUUCUUUAUGGGCACAAUUUACAAUGUUAUAAACCAGAGUAAAUACAUCUUUAAACACUUGUACAUUUCAUUCACUUACACUUCAGUAUUUGGGGUUUGUUCUUUUUCCUUGUUUUUUGUAGUUACGUUUUAAAGUAAAUCCAAAUUACCCCCCCCCCCCCUCCCCGAUAAUUUAUGGAAAAAUUUUUGCG